AUGGCGCGGGAGGAGCAGGAGCAGGAGCAGGAGCAGUCCACAAUGGGCGACGCCCAGCGCCGGCUCCGCGCGGUCUCCGCCCACGUCGGCCACCAGACGCCGGCGGCGGCCGGGGGAUGCGGCCUCGCCGCCAACCCCGCCGCCGCCGAGUACGCCCACGAACAGGGCUACAGUGUUGUUCUCCCUGAGAAGCUGCAAACUGGAAAGUGGAAUGUGUACAGAUCUGCACACUCGCCUCUAAGAUUAAUAAAUAAAUUCCCUGAUAACCCGGAGAUUGGAACGUUGCAUGAUAACUUUGUAUAUGCAGUCGAAACUUUCCGAGAUUGUAGAUAUUUGGGUACAAGAAUCUGCCCAGAUGGAACAGUUGGAGACUACAAGUGGAUGACAUAUGGAGAAGCUAGCACGAGCAGAACUGCAAUAGGUUCUGGUCUUAUUUAUCACGGAAUACCUGAAGGUGCACGAAUUGGUCUAUAUUUUAUAAACAGACCGGAGUGGAUCAUACUUGACCAUGCUUGUGCGGCAUACUCAUAUGUAUCUGUGCCACUUUAUGAUACUCUCGGUCCAGAUGCAGUUCAGUUUAUAGUGAACCAUGCAACAGUAGAAGUUAUAUUCUGUGUGCCACAAACUCUAAGCGCUAUUUUAAGCUUUAUAACUCAAAUGCCUUGUGUUCGUCUUAUUGUGGUCGUUGGUGGAGAUGAUUCAAAUAUGCCAACUGCACCAACAACUACUGAAUGCAAAAUUAUGACAUACAACAGACUACACAACGAGGGAAGGAUGAGUCCUCAAACUUUUAGUCCUCCAAAACCUAAAGAUAUAGCUACUAUCUGCUACACCAGUGGCACUACUGGCACACCAAAGGGAGCUGUACUUUCUCAUGAGAACUUAAUUGCCAAUGUAGCAGGGUCAAGUUUAGGCAUUAAGUUUUACCCCUCUGACGUGUACAUCUCAUAUCUACCUUUGGCUCACAUCUAUGAGAGGGCUAACCAGAUUGCAUUGCUUCACUAUGGUGUUGCCAUUGGAUUCUACCAAGGGGAUAACUUGAAGCUGAUGGAUGAUUUGGCUGCUUUGAGACCAACAAUAUUCGCAAGUGUUCCCCGGUUAUAUAACAGAAUUUAUGCUGCAAUUACAAAUGCUGUGAAGGAGUCUGGGGGAUUGAGAGAAAGGUUGUACCAUACUGCAUACAAUGCCAAGCGACAUGCUAUGAUAAACGGUACAAACCCAUCACCUAUGUGGGACAAGUUGGUAUUUAACAAAAUUAAAGCUAGACUUGGUGGACGAAUGAGACUUAUGACUUCAGGCGCUUCUCCCUUGUCACCAGAUGUCAUGGAAUUUCUAAGAAUAUGCUUCGGUGAAGUUCUUGAAGGGUAUGGAAUGACAGAGACAUCUUGUGUCAUCAGUACAAUGAAUAUUGGUGACAGAUCAAUUGGACAUGUUGGAUCUCCAAAUCCUUCUUGUGAGGUUAAACUUGUGGACGUCCCAGAAAUGAAUUAUACUUCGGAGGAUCAACCAUAUCCUCGUGGAGAAAUUUGUGUUAGGGGGCCUAUAAUAUUCCGCGGUUACUAUAAAGAUGAAGUCCAAACAAGAGAGGUCAUUGAUGAGGAUGGUUGGUUACAUACUGGAGACAUAGGUUUGUGGCUGCCUGGAGGGCGUCUGAAAAUUAUAGAUAGGAAAAAGAACAUUUUCAAGUUAGCUCAAGGAGAAUACAUAGCUCCAGAGAAGAUUGAGAAUGUCUAUGCUAAGUGCAAGUUCAUUGCUCAAUGCUUUAUAUAUGGUGAUAGUUUCAACUCUUUCCUAGUUGCCAUUGUAGCAGUCGAACCGGAGGUGUUGAAGGCUUGGGCUGCAUCAGAAGGAAUUCAGUACGAGGACUUGAGACAGCUCUGUGCUGAUCCUAGAGCAAGAGCUGCUGUCCUGGCUGAUAUGGAUUCCAUUGGGAAGGAAGCACAGCUAAGAGGUUUUGAAUUUGCUAAAGCGGUUGCUCUUGUUGCUGAACCAUUCACAUUGGAUAAUGGUCUCCUCACCCCAACAUUCAAGGUUAAGAGACCGCAAGCUAAAGCAUACUUUGCAAAAGAAAUCUCAGAUAUGUAUGCACAGUUGCGAGAGACAGAGUUAGCUAGGUCGAAGUUGUAA